CUCUCAACUUAAAUAAAUUAAGUGCAUAUCACUUAGAUUCAUUUUAUAGCAAUUUCACUUGUGGGUGUUAAAUAUAUGUGAUGUCUCUAAGUAGCAAGAAUCACCUUAUAGAAUUUAUUUGAUAUGUCUAAAAUUGACAUCAAAUUACAUAUAAUACUGUGUCAAAUAUAUAGAAGGGUGUUGUAACAUAACUUACUAAAAGCCAUACAUUUUCUUUUACUAUUAAAUGCAAAUCAUAUUGCAGAUGACUAUCAGUUUGGGAGAGUCAGUAGCAGUCAAGUUCUUAGUCAAGUUUACUCUGAACAUAGACCAUAACACACUGAGACCAUAGCAUUGUGAGCUGAUAGGUUGACUUGUAAGUCAUCUGAAAGUGUGCUUCAAGUAUAACCCAGCUAGAAAACCCCAAUUGACUACACAGAAGUAUGACUUGUAUAACUUACUGAUAUUAAGCACAUAUAAUCCUACUAUUGUACAUUGAGUAUUGUGCAUAAUACAACUUUCCUGGUGGAAAGUUGUAUUAUGCACAAAACUAAAAGAAAAUCGCAAAGAUACAUUUGGAGCAACACUGAAAUUUUAGCACCUUGCGAUAGAUAGGGUGAUGACAUGUGUAGCUUGUGGCCUACUGAAAUAUUUGCCCUGUUCCAAAUGACUUUAAGGAUGUGGGAGUGUUUCAUGUACAAAAAUACCAGCUUUGUACAACAUUUUCCCUCUUCUUUGUAGAAUUAUUUUAAUUCAGCCACAUUGGAGGGUUUAGCAUGAAGCCUAGAGCGUCUCAGUCUGAUGUAAGUCUGGACUUCUAAUAGUCUAACUCAGAGACGAGUUUGCUUGUGAGGUUCUUGUCGGUGUCCAGCUGCACAGCUCCCUGAGUGAAUAGUAAUGAAGACUGCUGGAGUUUAUUCAUCAGGAUUUAUUGGUGGACAGCUGCACUCAUUCUCCCAUCAAUUAUUGCAUGCCAUAAAGCAGGUCCAGAUCUUUACAUAAGAACCACCAUGCUAUACCUGCCACUACUUUUAAAAUAGGAGAAUAUCAACUAUGGUUGUUUUAUACCAUAUGCUAUGCAAUGAAGACCUUUAAAAAGAUCUUACUCACUAUUCUGGUGUCCAUCAAGCUGAUGUUUUUGUGUUUGUUUGUUCACCAUUCCAUUGGUACAAUUUACAGUUUCUUUCCUCACCAGAGGGGUUUACAACCCGUCUUUUGAUGCCCUAUGUUUUAGAGUUUAAUUCUUUGCCAGUCCAACACAGGGCAACAAAGACACUCUCAACCAUUCACACUAAGGUCAAUUUUAGAACAGUCAAGUAAUGUGAAAUCAUGUUUUUGGACUGUGGGAAGAAGUGAGGGUGUCUGGAGAGAACCUACACAUGGAGAACAUGCAAACUACAUGCAGAAAGACCCUAAGCAAUAGUACACACCUAGUUAUAAGGCAAGAGGGACAGAAAAAAAGCCUAUGGUUUGCAAACAAGCCAGAUAUUGACAUAAGAAACUACACUUUUCCCUUCUCGCAUCCACAUUUUCUGCUCUGCUCUGUGUAAACAAUUUCUUUCUUUUUCCUGGAGAAAAAUAUUCUGUUCUGCAGAAUAUUUUGGCAGAACAGCUUUGGCAAUGCUCCAAACACCGGAUCUGAGUGUUUACUAAUUGUUUUUGUCCAGACCGUGUUUAUAGACACCGCAUUCUUCACGUAUUAAUCUGCAGGACAGUUAAAAAAAAAAAGAAAAGUAAAACCAGUUGCCGAAACACCCCCUGUUGGGCUACCACCAGAUGAUGGUGCAACAUUCUUUGCUCUCAUCCUCUCAACUUGUCUCCCUCUUCUGUCUUCCGUGUUGCACACACUCGCACACAUAAACACGCCUACAUGAUCCUGCUGGGGAAUUUGUGGCCCCAGGCUAACAAAACACAACCUAACAGCGGUGGAAGAGCCGCUGAGAGAAACCAACACAACUCGGGCCGCUCACAGCGGCCUAGCAGCAUGGAGCUGCUCAGUUAUGACGUUUAAAAGGCUCUUUCCUCACCAGCGGGGUUGCAAGGAUGACGCGGGCGUGACGACGCCAACCCGGCUCUGACGAUGUACGAGGUGAUGUCUGGUGACACCCUGGCCUGGAAAGGAGCCAGUCCAAGACAAAGCAGCACAGACUCCAGCCCCGAAAACGAGAUUACUGGCGAGGGAGGGCCAGUAAAAAUCCUCAAAGUGUGCUUCUGCACCAACAACAACCUAGGAAAGAACUUUAAGCUGGUGAAGUGUGACAGCUCCUGGAAAAUCCAGGCUAUCAUUCGCUCCAUCCUGAUCAGCGGUCGAUUGGGACCCAACGUUGAACUCUCAAAAUGUUACGGUCUUCUGCUGAAGCACUUAAAGUCCGAAGAACUUCACUGGCUCCACCCAGAUCUGACCGUGGGCGAGGUCGAACAACGCUACGAGAGUCAUCACGUGGAGGCCGAGUGGAGGUAUGACCUUAGGAUCAGAUACAUUCCAGUCAAUUUCCCGGAGAAGUUUAAAAAUGACAGAUCCACGUUUCUUUAUUUUUAUCAGCAGGUGCGUAGCGACUACAUGCAGUGUCAUGCCAGCAAGGUCAGCGAUGGGAUGGCCCUGCAGCUCGGCUGUUUGGAGAUCAGGAGAUUCUACAAAGACAUGAACGCAAAAGGUCUUGAAAAGAAAUCCAACUUUGAGCUGCUGGAAAAAGAAGUUGGCCUGGACCUUUUCUUCCCUCAGCAACUGAUAAACAGCAUGAAGCCGAAGCAGCUGCGGAAGAUGAUCCAGCAAACAUUUCAACAGUAUGCAACCCUGAAGGAGGACGGCUGCAUGAUCAAGUUUUUUGAGACCCUCAAGACGUUUACCAGCUUUGAUGAAGAAGUCUUUCCAUGUGAACUUGUGCAAGGUUGGAGUUUGUCUGUGGAGCUGGUCAUUGGAGGAAGGGGCAUUCGCCAACGUUCUCAGAAGGAUUCAGCAGCUUUGUUCCUUACUGACUUCAAGCAGAUAAAGAAAAUCCAAUGCUUGCCUCAGACCGAUGACAAAGCUCUCCUCAACAUCAGCGUCGAAGGCGCCAAACAAAACCUGUCUAUCAGUGUGGCUUCGGUUCCUAUAGCAGAAAACAUGAUGGAUCUCAUCGAUGGAUACUGCCGCCUGGAAAAUGACACAGACGACAGUGUUAUUUACCGACCAAACAAAGAUGCCAAGUCUGCGCAGGUGUCCCUACCCGACAUCCCUACAAGCACUGACACCAACUCAUCUAGACACAGUAUGGGUUCUGAUAUUUACUGUGAGAUUCUUGAUGAGAGACCAAAAUCAGCUGUGAAAUAUGGGAUUGAUAGAAGUGACAUCAUUCUGGGGCGAAUCCUUGGCGAAGGCUUCUUUGGAGAGGUCUAUGAUGGAGUGUACAAAAGAGCCAACGGCGAGAGGGUUAAUGUGGCAGUCAAGACCUGCAAGGACUGCUCAUCUGACGUGAUGGAGAAAUUCAUGAGCGAAGCAGUUAUCAUGAAGAACCUCGAUCAUCCUCACAUCGUCAAGCUGAUUGGCAUCAUAGAGGAGGAUCCUGUGUGGAUCGUCAUGGAGCUUUACCAGUACGGAGAGCUCGGCAAAUACCUGACUCAGAACCAAAACAAACUGACAAACACAACCCUGGUGCUGUUCAGCCUGCAGAUCUGCAAAGCCCUCGUCUAUCUCGGGGGGUGCAACAUGGUGCACAGGGAUAUUGCUGUUCGGAACGUGUUAGUUGCAAGCCCAGACUGUGUGAAGCUUGGAGACUUUGGUCUGUCGAGAUACAUUGAGGAUGAAGAAUACUAUAAAGCCUCUGUUACUCGAUUACCAAUCAAGUGGAUGGCCCCAGAAUCCAUCAACUUUAGACGUUUCACCUCAGCUAGCGAUGUCUGGAUGUUUGCUGUGUGUAUGUGGGAGAUCAUGAGCCAAGGGCAGCAGCCGUUCUUCUGGCUGGAGAACAGGGACGUCAUCAACCAGCUGGAGCAGGGCAUCAGAUUGCCCAAACCAGAGAACUGCCCUCCAGCUCUUUACUCACUCAUGACGCGCUGCUGGUCCUACGACCCCGGAGAGAGACCCAGCUUCACCGAGCUUGUGAUCAAGAUCAGUGACGUCCACAAGAUGGAGAAAGAGCUGGACGUAGAGCGAGAAAGAGACAGAGCGCGCGCCACCAAGUUUCUGGAACCAAAGGUCAGCUUUGCAGAUGCUCCCCCCAAGCCCUCAAGGACGAAGCCAAACCGAUUUGGGAACACGCUCAGUAUCGGUCUACAUAUUCAGCUGAAUGAAGCCCUUUGUGCCAGUUCACCAGACCUGGCCAGCCCAUGUGAAUACCAGUCCCCGAUUGACUCCAGAAACACGCUCGCUCUGCCGGUUAGGUCCCCCCGUCGCCGCAGUAUGGGGGAGAGCGAGUUUAUGCGGAUGGAGCCAAACAGCAGGGAGGACGCCCGGCGACUGUGGCAGAGAGAACGGCAACACAUGCAGGAGACUCUGCGGAUCCAGAAAGAGCAGAUGAUUGAGGAUAAGAAGUGGCUGGAGGAGGAGGAGAGACUCCUGGACCCCAUGGGACAGGAUGACUUUCCCAUUGCAGAGCCAACUGAAGAUGAGAGUGAGAAUGCACCACCUGAGAAACCCCCACGACUCAGAGCACAGGCUGCUCCCACAGCAGAGAUCGACCGUUCUGACGAUAAAGUAUACCAGUAUGUUAUGGACUUGGUCAAAGUUGUUGUCCAACUCAAGAAUGACAUCACCGGGCUGCAACCAGAACAAUAUAACUCCAUUGUCAAGUCUGUUGGGAUGGCCUUACGAGAUCUGAUCCGCAGUGUGGAUGAUGUGCUGCCGAGUUUACACGAGUCGAUCCGGACUGAGAUUGAAGGUACCCAGAAGCUGCUCAACAACGACAUGGCCGAGCUGAUCAGCAAAAUGCGCCUGGCCCAGCAGAACUCCAUCACAUCUUUAAAGGAGGAGUGCAAAAAACAGAUGCUGGCUGCCGCUCACACUCUGGCCAUGGACAGCAAGAACAUGCUGGAUGCUGUGGACCAAGCAAGAGUCAGAGCUAAUAUAGCCAAACCAGCUGCACCAGAGUGAACUGCUUUGUUUUUUUUCUUCUUGUUUUUUAACUGACUUUUUUUCUUGUCUCUCUAAAAUAACAUUUGGACCUCAUCAGAGAGUUUGGUUUUGAUAAAUAUGAGCCAAAGGCAGCCUCUGGUUCAUUGGGGAACCAUGUGUAAAUGAGUGAUGUGUUUAAGUGAGACUGUCAAAGUAAAAUCAAAAAUCCACAUUAUUUGAUAUGACAUUUUUUUUAAAAUAGCAUAAAACAGACUUAAGUGUAAUGAUCUUCAAUCGAAGUCUAUGAUGAGACAUUUAUGUAAGUUGGAAAUUAAAAAUCUUUGUAAAUACA